AUGCUAGGGCCUCUUUUCCGUACAAAGGCAUUUAGCGGCGUUUCUGUAGAAAUCUUACGGCGCUUUCCUGGGAGAAAAAGUGUUCAGAAACCACGUUUAACGGCGCUCGGAUUGACUUUUGGCGGCGUUUAUUCACGUCGGGAAAAAGCUACAUUAUCGGCGCUCAGACAAGCGCUGCAAGAAAUACAAAAACCCGCUUCUCCAACUCUACUCCCAGCACCAGCUCCUCCUCCUCCUUUCACCCUUGUGACCAUGCCACUCCCCGUACAAUCAUCCGAUGUCGAAAGGCAGGCAGCCAACACCAACAUCCACAACUCCGGGAGAGCGCAGAGGCUGAGAUUGGCUGUCCGAGGAGCCAACGAAGGGUUGGUGUCCACAGCCUUGCUGAUGAUGGGAAUUGGAGAUUUGAAAAGGGAGGAAACAGCCAUGAUCCUCUAUGUGUUUACUGGACUAGUUGCGGGUGCAAUUAACAUCUCCAUAAGAGAGUUCGUCUCUGUCUACCAUGAUAUAGAGGUGACCCAGAUGAAUAGCCCGAUGCAAACGGCGGCAGUGUCGGCUCACACCUUCUUCAUCGGUGGGAUGAUUCCACUGCUGACGGCAGCAUUUAUGAAGACACAUAAGGUGGUAGGGGUGGUGAUAGCAGUGACCUUGGCAUUAAUGCUCUUUGGAGGUCUUAGAGCCAAGUUGUGGAGAAAGCCAAUAGGGAGAUCUUGUUUGAUGGUAAUGGUGGAAGGUUGGUUUGCAAUGCUUAUGAAUUUUGGCUUAAUCAAGUUGUUUCAGUCUCUUUCUCUUGGGUAG